AUGAAGCUCGCCGAGCUCAUUCGAGGAGUCGUCGAGGUCAAUCGUUUGCUCGGCGAGUACAAGUGCUACUACCUGAUUGCCGGACAAGCCGCUCUGGCCGCCCACCUUGCCCACCUCGUCACCAAACUCGCCACCCUUCAGCUCGACCCGUCGCCUGCCAUCAAUGCCUGCCUGUACGGCGACCGGCCUGGCCCUCUUUACAUUCAAGUGCGCGUCGAAAGCAUUGUCCUGCGCGACUCGGCAUUCUCUCGGCAGGCCAAGGCCGCAGGAUGGAAGCUUGAGCAGGACCGCGGGCAGCCCAGAUUCGGCGUCGUCUAUUGCGUGACGGUCAAAUCGGGUAGGUUCGUCGUCGAGCUCGUCCCGAGCGACAAUCUGAGCGCCGCGACACCUCGCAAGUACGUCGCCGUCGCCGUGCCCAAGUCGAACGAGAUCGUCGAGGUCCCGACGUCCCUCGUCGUCGACCGGACCCUGCACCUCGUGCGGUCGUGGCUCACCUCGCUCGCACCGGGUCAUCACGCGCCCAUGCCCCUCGAGCACCUCGAGGAACUGCGCUUGCUUGUCGGCACCCAGUCGUACGUCGACUUGUCGCUCGGCCACCCGCACCUGUUCGACCUCAACGCCGGCCAGUGGACCCGGCACGUUCCCUACCUUAUUCAAGAGAAGGCGUACAAGGCGACGGCCGAGCUCCUCUUCAAGCUCAGGUCGCUCAAGGGCGUCCCUCGUCUUGCGUGGGACAACACGACGGCCGAGCAUUUUGACUCGGCGUCGCUCGACUUCGUUCAGAUCCAGAGCCAGUGGGCGGCGGCGCUCGGGCUCCUCAUCACGCGCUUCCAGAUCAUCUACCCGACCUGGCGCGCCGGAACCGCGACUUGA